AUGGCAACCCGCCCCUUCUGGCCCCAUAUACUUCGAGCAAACAUCCCUCACCUUAGCUCAUCCUUAACCAACACCAUCCCACCUCUCAGCAGCAGACUUACCACAACCUUCUUCACCACCACCACCACCCGCACCCACACCCGCACCAUGGCAUCUUCCACCGCCCUCCCCGAAACCAUGCGCACCCUCCUCCAAGCCUCACGCGAAACCACCGAGGUCAUCUCCACCACACACCCGCUCCCCGUGCCCAGCCACCCGGACGACGUGCUCGUGCGCGUGCACGCCGCCGCCCCUUGCGCAGGCGAGCUCCACUGGGCGAUCAACUUCCCCGCGUCGAUACCGCCGGAAAAAGUGAUGGUCCCCUGCCAGGACCUCGCCGGCAGCGUGGUGACGGCGCCCGCGGGGAGCGGGUUCGCGGCCGGCGACCGGGUCUACUGCCGCAUCGACGCCGCGCGCGCGGGCGCCGCGCGCGAGUACGCCCUGCCGCGCGCCUCCGAGCUCGCCAAGAUCCCCGGCGGCCUGAGCUGGGUCGAGGCCGCGGCCACGCCGCUGAGCGCGCUCACCGCGUGGCAGGCGCUGUUUGAUCAGGGCACGCUGGAUGCUAAGGGGAUUAAGGGGGAUGCGGCGGCGCGGGAGCGGAACGGGAAGAUCCGCGUGCUGGUUACGGGCGCUGGGGGUGGCGUGGGCGGCUGGGUGGUGCAGCUCGCUGCGCGGGCCGGGGCGAAGGCGGUUGUGGCCGUUUGUGGCGGGGAUAAGGAGGAGGCCGUGCGCGAGAAGGGCGCUACUGAGGUUGUUGACUACACCAAGACGUCGAUUGAGGAGUGGGUGGCGGCUGACCCGGCGGCGCGCGAGGUGGAUCUGGUGAUCGAGAUGGUCGGCGGGAAGUCGCUGACGGGAUGCUGGUCUGCGGUCAAGGAAGGAGGCGCCAUGAUUUGCAUCAACUCGCCGCCCGAUUCUGGCAAGCCGGAGGGGAUGAAGAAGGAGUUGGCCAAGGGCCUAUUUUUCAUCGUCAAGCCGCUCGGCAGCAACCUGGCCGAGAUUGGCGAGCUGAUCGAGGCUGGCCACGUGCGGCCGACGGUUGACAGCGUGUGGGAGUUUGAAGACUUCAAGAAGGCGUUCGCCCGGGUCGAGUCGGGUCACGCCAAGGGCAAGGUCAUCAUCAAGCUCAGCGAUGAGGCUUGA